UUAGAGAAACCCACCACCACACCUCCACCUACAUCCACACCUCCACCUUCACAAAUACCACCGCCCACACCUCCACCUGCAGCCACACCUCCACCUGCACCCAUACCACCGCCUACACCUCCACCUACAUCCACACCUUCACCUGCACCCAUACCACCGCCUACACCUCCACCUACAUCCACACCUUCACCUGCACCCAUACCACCGCCUACACCUCCACCUGCAGCCACACUGCCACCGCCUGCAGCUACACCUCAACCUGCAGCCACCCCUCCAUCUGCAUCCUCACCUCCACAUUCAGCUACAGUUCCACCUGCAUCCUCACCUCCAGCUGCACCCACACUUCCACCUGCAACUAUAUCGCCACCUGCAUCCUCACCUCUACCUGCAUCUACAGCUCUGUCUGCAGCCACACCUCAACCUGCAGCCACCCCUCCAACUGCAUCCUCAGCUCUAGCUGCAGCCACACCGCCACCAGCAUCUGUAUCUCCACCUGCCUCCUCAGCUAUAGCUGGAGCCACCACUCCAUCUGCAUCCUCAGGUCCACAUUCAGCUACAGUUCCACCUGCAUCCUCACCUCCACCUGCAGCCACACCGCCACCAGCAUCUGUAUCUCCACCUGCCUCCUCAGCUCUAGCUGCAGCCACCACUCCAUCUGCAUCCUCAGGUCCACAUUCAGCUACAGUUCCACCUGCAUCCUCACCUCUACCUGCAUCUACAGCUCUGUCUGCAGCUACACCUCAACCUGCAGCCACCCCUCCAUCUGCAUCCUCACCUCCACAUUCAGCUACAGUUCCACCUGCAUCCUCACCUCCACCUGCAGCCACACUUCCACCUGCAACUAUAUCUCCAUCUGCAUCUUCACCUCCACAUUCAGCUACAGCUCCACCUGCAGGAACCUCUACAUUGACCUCUCUGGGUGGUUACUCUCUUCUCCCCGUGGUGGUGAUUGCUGCGUCUGUCUGUCUCGUGGUUGUAGUGGUGUUAAUGUUUCUUUUGAUGGAACAAACCAGUCACAGGAAACUUGAAGAGAGGACAGAAGACAUCAUUUAUGGAGAAAUCAUCAUCAAAGACAAGCAACACAAAUCAACUAAAAGAGAGUUUCCAAGAGAGCCAGACGUCAUCUACUCUGAAGUGAAACAUUUCACCAGUCCAGCCACUGAGAUCCAGCUGCAGGUCUCUCACAGUCCUCAAAGCACCUGAUGAAGAUUUUUAUGUGAAGAACCUGCAAAAACAAAGGAAUAAAACAAAUGUGCCUUCAGCAACAUGUAGUUAAGAGAGAAUAUAACUAAUAUAUUAAUCUAAUGCUGUGUAUUUAAUGCCAUUUAUAUAUUUUAUUUCUAAAUGUGGGGCCCUGCUGGUGUCUUCACAGCAGUGAUUUGGUUUCUCUGCAGGAUCAGUAAACUUUGGUCUCCCUUGUUGUUCUUCUCAUGUGGCUUUGUGAGUUUCAUAAAGACAUCUGAUAGGAAACUAUGAAUAGUUACGGCCAACAGAUACACACCUCUGUUUGGAGCAGAUAACAAAGAAAGAAACAAUCAAAACUUGACUUCAACUGCAGACUAAAGCAGGAAUCAUUCAAAGCUGGAAAAUAAAGACUGAGAACAAAGUGUGUGAGUUUGAAUAGCUUUGAUUUGAAGAAAUUAAAUACUUGAGACUUUAUUUUCAGGUCAUUCGCAACUUGUCUAGAGUCCUCGUUUGUUGUUAUUUUUACUGUAACCUACUAAAUAUGCAUUUAAUCCGUCCAAAGGUUUUCAAAUUGGGGUUUCCAAACAGGCAGAACAACCCUAACCUUGUAUGAGUUGCCAAAGACCUGAUGGUGGGAAAGAAGUGGGAAAAAAAAGAAAAAUGCUUCUUCACAUCUCUCUUUAGUUCUUUAAAACUGUUUAUCGCACUUGCAGGAGUCAUGUAUUUGUAGAAAAUAUGCUUUUUAAUGUAGCCAUUUAAAGUUCUGGGAGGAGUGAAAUGCAGUUCAUGAAUAUGAUAUUUGACUGUAAGCUUAAUACAACUGUGUCCUUUUGUUUGUCAAACAAAAUAAAUAUGAUGAUAAA